AUGGGUGUGGCGGUGGGUCACGGGGAUCUGGAGAGCAUUCGUUGCAUCAUCAUGGCGGACGAGGUGCUUCUGUUGAACGUUACAGACCCUGCUGCUGUGCAGCAGGUAGGCGCUGCGCGUUGCAGCGCCGGUUACUGCUGGGCGGGCGUGCCCACUCAACUCUCUCCCCUCUCGCUUCUUCUGAGGCGCCUCAAAAAUUGUCUGCAGCGGCGGUUACUGCUGGGCGUUUUUGAGACGUCUCAAAAACACCCUCAAAAAUCGUCUGCAGCGGCGGUUACUGCUGGGCGGGCGUGCCCACUCAACUCUCUCCCCUCUCGCUUCUUCUUCGCAAUUAUGUCAUCAUGUCAUCAUCAAGCACCCCUCCUGUGCCUCUCCACCCCUUCUCCCCCUUCCCCGCAGUUCAAGCAAGCACUGCAGCGGCGGCUGCUGCUGGGCAUGGCUGCCCCCUCUGACUUCAGAGUGCUGUGGGGAACGGAGAGACCAGGAGAGAAUGGCUUCACACUGGAUGCUCCAAACGCCAGCAUUCAGAGACGCGAGAUCAGCAGUGAGGACAUGUUCAGCGGAUCGGGCAGCACAGCAGAGGAGGACGACUUGCCCUUCGAGUUUAAGGCUCUUGAGCUUGCCCUCGAGCUUUCCUGCUCGGGCCUCGAUCGACAGGCGCAGGAGCUAGCACAGGAAGCGUAUCCGCUAUUGGAGCGUCUUGCGUUUCAGAUCAGUACAACCAACCUGGAGCUCGUGCGGCGCAUCAAGAGCAGCCUGCUGGGCCUCACCCGUUUCCCCUCCCUCCUGCCCUCCCCUCUGGAGCACUUGCGGCGAAUCAAGCGCAUCCUGCUGGGCCUCACCCGCCGCGUGCAAAAGGUACCAUCCCCCGCCCUCUCCCCUGCCUUGGGGCAAAGGGUUUUUUUCCACCCACAAAUGGGUGUGCGCAAAAGGUAUUGCUUUGCUCACCCUCCUGCUGCCCUCUCCCCUCUCGAGUUGGUGCGGCGAAUCAAGAGCAUUCUGCUGGGCCUCACUCGCCGCGUGCAGAAGGUAACACCUCCCGCUCUCCCCAACGCACGCCUCAAAAAAGGUGUGGCUGACCGCCCUCCUUCCCUCCCCUCUCGAGUUGGUGCUCUGCAUCUUUCGCCGUCAGCGCCUGCUGGGCCUCUCUCGUCGCGUGCAGAAGGUAUCACCUUUCGCCCCCUCCCGCCCCUCUCUAUGCCACAUUCACGCGUGCAGAAUGUGUCAUCCCCCACCCUCUCCACCUUCCCGUCCCCUUUUGAGGCGCCUCAAAAUUCAAGGUAUUGUUUUCGCACUCUCUCGCACUCCUCCUGCCUGUGCGCAUGCGAAUUACCCUUUGUUACCUCCACCCCUGUCAUCCCUCCCUGCCCUGCCACUCACUGCUGGCCCCACCUACCCCACCUAGGCAAGGUGAGGGACGAGAUAGAGCAGCUGAUGGACGACGAUGGUGACACGGCAGAGAUGUGCCUCACUCAGAAGCCCAUUGUCACCCCUUCUCACCCCUUCGCACCCCUUCUCACACCUUCGCACCCCUUCUCACCCCCUGUCACCCCUGUUACUACCACCUAUCUGUGGCCACCCCCUGUGAGGGACGAGAAAGAGCAACUGAUGAACGACGAUGGAGACAUGGCGGAGAUGUACCUCACCCAGAAGCGCAUUGUGAGGGACGAGAUAGAGCAACUGAUGGACGACGAUGGGGACAUGGCGGAGAUGUACCUCACCCAGAAGCGCCUGCUGGCAGAGGAGCGCAGUGAGAGCGAGCGAUUAGGGGGGGCACCGGGAUGA